GUGUGAGUGAGAGGCGGUUAGGGUAUUGAAGAACAUUAACGUGCGCAGAAUUUGCGCAUACGUAGCUGGAAGCUUCGACGCUCUGUAUGUAGUUUUUUUAUGUCCUUUCCUGCACGCCGUACGGAGCAAAAUUCGAUUUGAUCCUAUGUGCUGGUGACUCAGGGACUUGGAUACCAUGGACAGUGACUGCUUAACUUUGCUACCAGCGGUCUGUCUGGUACUGGCCGACCCGAAGCAGUCUCCACCUGACGACACCUCGUUAGAGAAGCUCCUUGAUUGGUUCAAAGAGCUGCACAGCCAAAGUGAUGAACAGGUGCUUUUGCAGCAUCAGCCGUGCCUCAAGGAGUUCAUUUCCAGUGUUUGUCCGUCUAAAACUACAGAUCCUGCUAUCCUGUCUUUCACCCUCAAACUCACUGGACUUUUGGCUGGCACCAAGCAGGGUUUCCACUUGCUUGAGGAGGGAGGUCUUUUGGUGUGUGUGUUUGAUCGGGAAGCCUGGUGUGUGUGUGAUCUUUGGGAGGAUGCCUCAGUUCGCAGUGGCUGGAUGCAAGGACUGAUGAAUAUGCUGAAACACCGGCAAGCUCUGGAUUUCAUCUGUCAAAAAGGACUCAUCAAAGUGAUUCUCCAGCUGCAGAAUGACAGGAGUCUGUUUGUUGCCUGUUUGGCUAAUCAGCUUUUAGUGCACAUCCUAAACUUCCUCACAUCAUCAAACAUGACCAACCGCGGUAAUGCUGUGGGAUCAAGUGAAUCAUCUUUGAGCCCUGAUUGGGUCUCGGUCUCCACAGAGAUUAUGAAUGGCGAGGUUGAGGCGUUGAGCUCAGAUGAUCAUCCUCGGGUCCUCCAGGGGUUACGGCUUCUGUCAUCGGUUACCUCUCAGUGUGGAGAGCCUAUCAGAAGCAUGCUAUGGAAAGAUGUGCUAGUACCUCUGGAAGUCUUGAUCAACAGGGGGUCUGAAUCAUUGACUCAGCCUCUAAUGUCUGUUCUUCAAGCUGCUGUGAGGACGCCUCUGCUCGGAAAAUCAGAGUAUAAAGUGGAGAAAUUAUUGGAAGCCAUGUUGGGUUCUGGAAAUAAAAAGAGUUUUCAGUGUGCUGCACUAAUCAUAAAGCUGGAGAAAUGUCCUGAGGUUUUAAAGAGGAAGGCCAUUGAUAUCAUCUUGCUCCCCCUGCAGUGUGUGUCAGCCCAGUCUCAAGACACUGCAGAAAAGAUGAAUUUAGUCCUUAAGGAGCAGCUAUCCCAGAAAGCCUCAUGUAUUUCCCUCCUCAUGCAGAGUUUAUCAAGUCUAGCAGAGCUGGCAUACACUAAAUACCAGUUUGAUGGCAUUUCCAUUCACUCGGUCACCUGCUCUGUGGUGUUGCUUCUGAGGAUUUGCUUUGGGAAUUGUCCCUCCACUUUGUUACAUAUUAAUACCUCCACUCAUCUGAUUGGCUGCUGCAAGGUUCAGAGGUGUGGCCUGGAUACAUUAGGUGCUCUCAGCAUGUAUGAAGAAAAUGUGGAUUUAAGGAAGGACAUAUUUAGUGUCCUCUUGGACUAUCUACAGAGUCCAGAUUCCCAUGCUACAGUCUUGAAGAAAACAUAUCAGCCCACUGUGAGGUGGAUUGCUGUGUGUUCACCUUUCCCUGAUCUCCUGCACUAUAUCAGCCAUGACCUCUUUCCUGUAUUGGAGAAACGGACGUGUGAUUUGCGAUGGGAAGUGAGAGACUCCACACUAGAGUUCAUCACCCAGCUGACUGUUGCCCUCAACGGUAACAUUGGUUUCAUUGAAGCUCUCCACACCAGCGGGAUGGUCUCUGUUCUUCUCUCUUCACUGGCAGAUGCAGAAGGCUAUGUAAGAGCUAGUGCCGUGGCUGCCGUCGGGGAGGCAGUUACCUCUUCUUUCCAACAGAUGGUGCUUGUGAGCAACAGCAACCUGCUGGAGGAGGCUUUGAAGCAGAUGAUGACCAUUCUCUCUCAGGACACAGAGGGCUUCCCACGUAGAGCAGUGGUCAAAGCCUUCACAUCAUGGCUGAAAGGAUCACACCUCGUAACAGCCGUGCACCCGUCCCUGAGCUCCGUCCUGUCGCUGGGAGGAAACGAUUUCGACUGGGAAGUGAAAAUGCACACACUGGAGCUAGCAGAAGUGUUGAUGGAGAAGACACUGACCUGCUGUCCGUACGCAGUCCAGAACUUUGGUUCCUCUGAAAAGACGCACUUGACGCAGGCCUUGAGCAAACUGAAAGAAUUUGGGCUGUUUGACUUGCUGUUUAACUGCUUGUUUGACUGCGACAGACCAGUGUGUGAGAAAGCCUGCGCGCUCUUGCUCAAACUCAGAACACUUAUAUCUGAGUGCACAGACUUUGAUUACGCUCUUGUCUUAAAUGUAAAUGGGAACAGAUGGGGGGACGAGGUGCAGAGUAGAUACCUCAACAAACAACAGGCCAAAGGAUCUGUGUGUGUGACUAAUGGAGUUACAGCAUCUGAUGAGAGAACAGACAGUGAUCUACACUGCAUCAAAGACAUUAGCCUACCCAUGAUACUGCACAUACUCGAUCUAGACGACAUGCAGAGGACGCUGAAGUUGAGUAGUGAUCAUGUUGUGAAUUCGGCCCGAUCAUUAAUGGAGGACAUUCUUUCAGCAGCCCAGCAGAGUGAGGAGAAUACAGUAGAUUGCUAUUGAGAAUAUAUUGUGUUACAGUUUGAGACUUUUUUUUAGGGUCAUUUAAUAAAGGAUGAUGUACAGUCUGUUCAAUAUGUUGUUGUAUAGUCUCAAGGUCCAUUUAAUAUUUACAACCUGUAUUUGAGUUUUUGUAAUGUUUUAUUUUUUUACUUUAUUUGAAAAAAAAAAAUUAGGGCUGCACAACUUGGCCAAAUGUUUAUAUUGCGAUUAUUUUUGUCCUAUAUUGUGAUACAUUAGCUUUUCAGCAACUCAUAAACCUCCUUUUGGGAAACCCUGUCUUACAGGAUUGGAAAUCCUUUGAGGUUCCUGCACAUUACUAUGUCUUCAACAGUCUUGAACACAUCACGAAAAUUUUCUGUGUCCACUGCAGUGAUCAUGUGAUAGAAAACCAGCCUGCUGUAAUUCCCUGUCCUCUUUUUAAAACUUUGAAUCAAGAAUUCCUGUACAUCCUCCAGCCUGUGAGGAUCACCUUGGAACUCAGGAAAAUGCUUCCGGAUAUCUGCAGUCUGUACUUUUUCUGCCAGCAGGUCCAUUUUGUUAAAGAAGAGGAUGAUGUUGUUGUUGAGGAACAUCUUUUUAUUGUAGAGGGACUCAAACAUAUCCAAUGACUGAACCAGGCAGUUGUACUCGUCAGAAAUUUGGUCAUAAUCACUGGAUCCAAUAAUAUAGAAGAUUGGACACAUGAUAGGAAAUGUCCAAGACAAAGGCCCUCUCAAACGGCAUAUUGCAAGGUAUACAAGGAAAGGGCUAUCACGGAGAACAAAAUAAUGCUCUUCUUUGCUCCGGUAUUUGUGUGUAUAAAGAAUGUCCUGAUUGUUCGGCAAGUAGUACAGAGAGUGUGUCAGUCAAAAAAGAAAAGAAUAAACUUGCUCCCAUAUG